UACUGAGAAGAAAGGAUCUUAACUCUCCUGUUGUACAAGUACCUUCAACAGAUAUGUACUAUGAUAUUCUUCUGCAGGCGCACAUAUCAACUGGGCAUGGAGGACGCGACAAACUGAUAUAUAAGCUAAAGCAACAAUAUGUGAUACCGGUACCGAUUAUGAUAUUGUUCCUCAACUUGUGUAAGAUCUGUCUGAAUAAAAAAAGUUGCCCAAAAACAGGAAUUGUUGUACGCCCCAUAAUUUCUCAAGACUUUAACAAACGUGGGCAGGUAGAUUUAAUUGAUCUCCAGUCAACUCCUAGCCACAAUUACAAAUGGAUUUUAAACUAUCAAGACCACCUCACUAAGUUCUGCUUUCUCAGACCUUUAACCAGUAAAAAAGCAACUGAAGUAGCCAUGGCUCUUUUAAAAAUAUUCUUAGAAGUGGGUGCGCCAAUGAUUUUACAGAGUGAUAAUGGCAAGGAAUUUACUGCCAGCAUAAUAAAAGAGCUAAUCACAUUGUGGCCUGCAUGCAAGAUAGUGAAUGGACGUCCCCGACAUCCUCAAAGUCAAGGUUCGGUAGAAAGGUGCAAUCAGGAUGUUGAGAACAUGUUGCGUUCCUGGAUGUCCGACAAUAACUCAACUGAAUGGUCACUGGGAUGCUAUUUCGUUCAGUUCCAGAAAAAUUCUUCGCAUCAUCGCACAAUAGGACGUUCACCAUACAAAGCCUUAUUUGGUCACGAUCCUGUAAUUGGCCUGUCUUCAACUUAUUUGCCUAGAGAUACAUUGUCAAAAUUAGAAAAUGAAGAAGACUUACAACAGGUUUUAAUAAGUGAAAAUCCUCCUCGCACUGAAGAUAUUCAAGACGAGCGUAAUGCAGGUUGUAGAAAUGAAUCCAAAGUUGAAAAUGCAAUCCUUUCCUAUGAGCAGCUUUCUAACGAAACCACAAAUCAGUAUGUUUCCACUGAUCAAAAAAUGACUAUCCGAACACAAACUUCAACACAAUCUACCCCUCUUUCAUCUAUGACACAAUAUAAAAAAGAAGAAAUGAUUAUCGAUCUGAGUAAUAAAGCGAACAAAUUUGUAGUAGCCGCCGAUUCUGCAAAUAACAUUACAAUUUUAGAAGAUGUAAUAAUUGUCCCAGCAAGUACAACAAAAACGAUCUGUCUUGAUAACAAUAUCGCUAUAAAUGACACAAAUUCCCACACAAAUGUACAACAACAACAACAUUCCAAUAAUAUUGUUGCUACUGAAGUUAAAUGUUGUAUUUGCCAAAUUACCACAUCCGAUUCACUCAAAUGUUCAAAAUGCCAACAAGUGAUUCACGGCGCAUGUGGAGUGUCUGAAGUUAGAGAAGGUAGUAGUUCUUAUAAUGUUAAAUGUAACUUAUGCUGGCAAGAAGAUUCUAUUAAGAAAGAAAGAACAAGUUCGCAUGAAAAUUUAAAAAGAGCAGCUACGACUAUGUGUACUACAUCCAACAAAAAAUUUAAAGAAAUAGAUGUAGGUGCUACAAUUUUGGUUGAUGUUCCGAAGUACGAUCGUGCACCCUUAGAUAACAAAAACAUUACAGGACGAGUAAUUGAUAAGAAGAAUGGUUUGUUUCAAGUUGGUACCUCCGUUGGUAUAAUUAAAGAUUGGCUACCAAGAAACGCACUUCAAAUAUCUCCAGGAGCUCAAUUUACCGGCCCCGUUCCCGAGGUAGUAUUACCUAUUCGUGGUAUUUCCUCACAACUAUCACCAUUCGGCGGACAAGGGUAUAAGCAAUGUCAUUGCAAGAAAUCAAGCAAACAAUGUUCCUCAAAUAAGUGUGCUUGUAAAAAGCACGGUUUGCUUUGUAAUUCCAAAUGUCAUAAAUCUUUGAAUUGUUGUAACAAGUAAAGUCUUACUAAUAAUUUCAUAUUAAUAUUUACUAAACGCAGCUGUGCUUGCAUUGCAACUCCAAUGUUACAGGUCCAUGCAACUCAGCGUAAGUUUCACAUUAGUGACGUAUUUAAUUAUCUUUUGUUCUGUGAUUAUUCGCUUUUCAAAUUUUUUUUCUACUUUUAAUUUUUGCUUACUAUUAACAAAAUAAAAAUAAAUAUAUAUAUUAAGCAUUAUGUCAUGUUAUAAAUAAAUACAUAAUUGUGUUUAGGUCUUUGAAUAAGUCUAUUUUUUCCUAUUUUUGCUAAUUCAAUAAUAAUUUGUUGUAGUUAUUUUGUUCACUAUAAGUGAACCAGAAUGUGAUAAUAAUUUUGCCUCAAUAUAUCUUAAGUUUAGCUGUAUAAGAGAAGAGAAGGCUGAUGAAUGAGUGAUUUUAUCUCAAGACUUUAAUUCACAAGACUGAUCAAUUCCAUUGUUGCACUAUUAAACUAAUUGUUUACCUAACCAGUUUCAUCCAAUUUAUGGAUUACACCCUAAAAUUGGAUCAUUUUUUUUACUACGACUGAGAUCUCCUAUUGUCUGUAGAAAACAACAUACAUACUAAAAUUUUCAAUAAAAAGUUUAUAAAAAUCAAUUUAGUGAUUUUCCUUUCUCACCUAUUCUAAACCUUCAUAACUCUAUGAUACAAUACUUGAAGUUAAUCAUCGGCAAACUAGGAACCAAUUAGAAGUCAGCCAGCAAAAUUGUAGCCAAUCAGUGUUGAGCACAUCAAAUCUUACUAGAACGACGAGUAUUUUCGCAAAAAUCCUGACUUUGUCCAGUAAGAUUUGAUAAUUUUUCGCCUAUGUCUAAUUAUCCGCAUUUUCGCAAAACCCCUAGGAUUUUCGCGAAG